AUGCUGGGCCUGAUAGCGGCCUCCGGCGAGGAGCGCCUGGAUACUAAUAGUCAAAAUCCAUCGGAGGUCGGCUUUGAUCAUCCAAAAGUCAUCAUGUUUUCAUCGAGCCGAACACGCUAUCAGGAAGGCAGCUUCUCGAAACACCGAGCAAGCAAGUCAAAGUCGUCUAAGAAGAAUCCCUCCUUCCGAGACUCCCCAAGAAAGGUAGAAAGACUUGUGCAACAGGCUCAGGUAUCAUCACCACACUCUAAUCAGACAUCGCCAACACUUGGGAGUGCAAUCAUCACAAUAUCGAUCGGCCAUGAACAGCGACUCUUCGCAGCCCAUGAAGACGUUUUGUCGCAUUCGCCUUAUCUCCAAGUCGCUUGUCAAGGCCAGUUCUUCCAGACAGCCAACAAGCGCAUCGAUCUACCCGAUGAGGACCCUGAAGUCUUCUCAUCAAUACUCGAGUACCUGUACAAGGGUGACUACUACCCUCGCAUGGAGUAUAAUAAAAAGCGCAACAGCUGGAAUCUUGAGGAUGAUUGUACCGGCAACGGCAACAACGAAGCCGUAAUCCAGUCUUCUGUCGGACCGAUCUUGAAAGAUACCGUCAUCUACUGUCAAGCUGACAAGUACGGUCUGGAAGAGCUGAAGAAGCUUGCUCUCAAGAAGCAAGGUCUCCAAUCUGGCAUUCAGUGCUCGACCAUACUCACGUCUGCUCGAUUCGCAUAUGCCAACACUCCCGACACCGACUCCAAGUUGCGAGCUCACUAUCUUGCUCUCAUAAUUCGAGCCCGACACACAUUCAAGCGCAGCGGCACAAUGCAGAACGAAAUGGAACAAGGCGGCAAGCUGUUCUUCGAUCUCUUUGUGGCCAUGGUCAACCACAUGGACGACCUAUCACAGAGGUCGCCUCACUAUUGA